GUAUUUAUCCUCUGCUCUCGUGCGGUCACACCGCAGUCGCAUACGGUUGUUUCCAUAUGAACAAACUGUUUUUUUUUUAGCGGAGUGCGCUGCUGAGAAAUUUGUAAAGCUCUUUUUGGAUCCUUUUAUUUUAUGUAACGGCUGUGCGGUGCAUCCAAUAUACAAGCUAAAGGAGGUCCACACACUCCCCUGGCGCCGCCUGAGCGUGGUCGUCCUGCUCCGCGCUUCAAGCACCUCCACCUCCACCACCACCACCCCCCCAACCCGUUAAACAUUACGCGAAAAUCGAUUUCGGCUGCGAGCGCAGGAAGAAACAGCAGAAAGUAUGUCCCACGGCGAUGUGGACCCAGAGGUAGAGAUGACAUCGCCCCACUGGAUGCAUAGGGACGCUGGGAGUCGCCCAAGGACGCACACAUUCUGGAGGCUAGAGCGCUGGCGGAGCAGCAUGCUUCUCCUAGUCGGAGUGGCCUUGUGCGACCUCGCACCUGGAUGCAGCGCCACGGACACGGACAUUGCGCUGGACGCGAAGGCCACGCUCAACCACCGGAUCCAGAGCCUGGACCUGCUCGUCUUCGUGUUCCUGCUGGCGCUCACAGUGCUCACUAUUUGGCUGUUCAAGCAUCAUCGCGUCUCCUGGCUUCACGAGACCGGAUUGGCCGUCAUCUACGGCUUGAUUGUGGGAGCAAUUAUACGGUAUGCCGGCACCUCCGCCACACUGGUUCACAUGCAGGUGGAGCCUCAAGGAGUUCCAACGUACAGCGAUAAAUUGCCGCCUGAUACUCUUUGGUUUAGGUACCCCGUCAACCAAACAAAUGGCACAAAGCAGCCCGAGUUAGUGCACACAUAUGCCUACGUAUUUCGCGGACAGGUUCAUGAUGUGGAUGAGAACGAAAUCGAUCUUAAGGCAACGUUCGAUCCGGAGGUCUUUUUCAAUAUUAUCCUGCCCCCAAUUAUAUUUUAUGCGGGCUAUAGCUUGAAGAAGAAAUACUUCUUUCGCAACCUGGGUGCCAUACUUACGUUUGCCAUUGUGGGCACCACAUUGUCGGCCUUUCUCAUCGGAGGCUUUAUGUACGGCUGUGUGAAACUGAUGCCAAAGUACUUGAGUAGCAGUUUCACAUUCCUGGACAGCUUAUACUUUGGAGCUCUGAUAUCGCCCACAGAUCCGCUCACCAUUCUAGCCAUAUUUAACGAUCUUCGGGUCGACGUUAACCUAUAUGCGCUAGUCUUGGGCGAAUCUGUGCUCAACGAUGCCGUGGCCAUAGUCCUCAGUGGUGCGAUUCAAAAUUAUGGUGAACACUAUUCCAGUACCGGGGAAUUCGAAACUACAGCUUUUCUACGCUCGUUGAGCGACUUCUUCUCCAUCUUCUUACUAUCCCUGAUGAUUGGCGCGGCCAUGGGAUGCUUGACAGCAUUGAUGACCAAAUUUACUCGGGUUCGAGAUUUUCCUUUACUAGAGUCCGCGCUCUUCGUGCUCAUGAGCUACAGCACCUUCCUGCUGGCUGAGGCAACGGAACUUACUGGAGUAGUGGCCGUGCUCUUCUGCGGCAUCUGCCAGGCACACUACACCUACAACAACCUGUCUGAGGAUUCCCGCCAAAGGACAAAACAGAUCUUCGAGCUCCUAAACUUUCUGGCAGAGAACUUUAUCUUUUCCUAUAUUGGCGUAUCGAUGUUCACCUUUCCCAAGCAUCAUUUUGACGCUGGGUUCAUUAUAACAGCUUUUAUUUGCGCUGCCAUAGGAAGGGCCGUGAAUGUGUAUCCCUUGUCGUGGCUGCUGAACAUUAAGCGAAAGCCGAAAAUUUCAUCAAACUUUCAGCAUAUGCUGUUCUUUGCUGGACUUCGUGGCGCCAUGUCCUUUGCCUUGGCCAUCCGAAAUACAGUGUCGGAUGAACGACAGACUAUGCUGACUGCCACAUCGCUGAUUGUCAUCUUUACGGUUGUAAUUCAGGGUGGGGCUGCUAAUUUCCUGCUGAAUUGGUUGAAAAUACCCGUUGGCGUGGACGAUGAGACUGAACAACUAAAUAACUAUCAAGUACACAGUGUUUACAAUUCAAUGGACAAUUCACAUCCGCAGACGUCUGAUGGUUAUUUGCAGGAUGUGGAGGGCGGUGGGGUAAAUCGCGGGAAGAUGCGCUUGUCCGGUGGAACAGAUUCAAAUUUGGACACACCAGUGGACGGUCCGAACGGCAGCUUGGGCGGAGCAAGCGGCGGUCGUCGUCGCAACAGUCACGAGAAGGCCAUUCUGGCUAGGAUCUGGGGAAACUUUGAUACCAAGUACAUGAAGCCCUUGCUGACGCACUCGCGACCCACUUUGCUGGAGACGCUGCCUGUUUGCUGCAACCCCAUUGCCAGGCUGCUUACCACCACGCAGCAGCUAACGCAGGAUGGCAGCGAGUUCAGGCGCGUGGACUCGGACUCGGACAUUUGCAUAGACAAUGAUACCGGGAACGGUCUUAGCCAGGAUGCAACCGGAGCGGGACCGGGCACGGGCACCGUGGGCGUGGGCGUGGGGCGGCGGAACUCCUUGAGUCGCUCUGUUCAACUGAACGAAGCCCAUCACCUAGCAAGUGAAAUUAGCCUGGUUACUAAUAAUUUCAUGUAAUCGAAAGAUCGGGCCAUCUAUCUUUUUACUUAAUUUAUUAGUUAUUGAAAUAUAAUUUUUGUGUUAUAUUCUGUCUACUUUUCCUUGGUAAACCCAACCCAUUGUUGUAACGAAGCACAGACGGAGACCCAGACAUGAUUAACUUAGCCCCCAAUCAGUGAACUUGAUAUCAAAUUUACCAAAGCUUCUUUGAGCACAGCAGUCAGGAAUGUUCGUUUAUAUUGUUCACUUUUAAUUUCUGUAUUUUUCCUCAUGAUCUAAUUUCUUAGAUUCUAACACGCGACUAACCAUGUAAGUACAAGUUAAAUUGCCGUUGAUUUCCUCAUUUUCUUAACGCCUAUUGUACAUAAAAGCGCAACUCAAGUCAAAAAUAACCAUUACUUCACUUUAAUUUAUAAGUCCCAGUGUUUUCAUUUUUGUUAAUGAUUU